AUGUCUGACUACAGCUCCCAUAGCACAGCCUUCUUUGCCCUGAGGAGCUGUCACCAGGUUUUGGGAGGAGAGAGUGGAGAGUUCUUCUCCCCAGACUAUCUCUGCUCUAACCCCCCACUGUGGUGCAACUGGACCAUCCAAGUGCAUCCUGGGAAACGCAUCCAGCUGCAGCUUGAUGACUUAACCCCCGAUGACAGUUGUCUUUGGCGACAGGACCAAAUCCACAUCGAUGAGCCUGAGAGUCAAAGUCAAAAACCCAUGAUUCUGCAGAAGUGUUGGAGAGAGGCCACCUACACCUCCUCCUCAAACACUGUGCAUGUCGUGCUGCUGAUCGAGGGGUCUCCCACGGCAACUUACAGGGGCUUCCAUGGACAGUACCAGGUGUUUGGACCACCUCAAAUCUACAACCCACCAGACCCAGACUAUUCACCCAACAGACCCUCUGAUAAUGCCAAUGACUAUUAUGAAGAAACUGUGGAAACAAACUCACAAACACAAGACAAAUCUAAUGAAGAUGAGGUGAAUAUGACAGAUGAAGCCCUCUCACAUUCAGAAAUCCCAGUUCACUCCACAGAAUGGUCACUUGAUUCACAGCAAGAGCCCCGCCCCAGCCCCCAAAUUUUCACCGCCAUUCGCCGAGACGUAGACACGGACACGGCAAUGGACCAACCGGAUCAGUCGGACCAACCGGAUCAGUCGGACCAAUCGGACCAGUCGGACCAAUCGGAGGAAACAAUCAGCGCAUCAGAUCACAUGACACUGGAGGGGUUGGAGGAAGAAUUAAAUAAGAACUGGGAAGAAGAUGGUAAAACUUUCUCAAAAGAAGAAACUGUUUCAGAAAUGACACACAGAGCACAUUCUGACCACAGAGCAGAUGUUGGAGCUCAUGCAAAAUAUCACAAUCAAAGUCCACAUCUCCCAGGAGAUUUGCUGUUUGAAGUGUCAGUGGAGGUAAAUGUGUCCCAACACUUGGAGCCCUGGGACAAUGUGGCCAAGACUCUGCUCCUCUCAGUUCAGAAUCUGAUCAGAAAUCAGUUGAAGCUUACAUUUGUGUCUCAGAGGAUCUCAUCAAAACGCAUCAAACGGUUGAAUGCCGGAGUGCUGUUUAUCCUGUGGCUGCAGAUGGGGCAGAGGACCAGUGAACAUCGUACACAUGAGGUGGUCCACUCUGACCUCCUGAAGCUCAUCGGGUCCAGACUCGGACUUAAACCAACCCAGGAAGACUCGGUCAUCAUGUCUCUGUCCACUGCAGAUGUGAAUGAAUGCCACACUCAGCUGAUGGCGUGUGACCCAAACGCAGACUGUGUGAACCACUUUGGCUCGUACUCUUGCCUCUGCCAGGCCAGCUUCCAGGACCGGUCCAGAUCUGGAACUGGGACAGUGUGUGUGGGCACCAAGAACACUGACUGUUCCCCGGCUCUCUCAUCCGAAGCCAAAGCUGUGUACAUCUUGUUCUUCCUGCUCAGUGCCCUGGUCCUGACUCUGCUCGUUCUCAUUGGUCUGUUUUUCCAUCGUCAUCGGCGUGGGCACUUCCUGGUCCCGCCCUUUGACCCCAACAACAACAUCAGCAGUCACCAUGACGAUGUGGACCUGCCCCCGCCCCCGCCUCCACGCUGCACCCCGGUGGAUCUGCAGCUGCUGCGCUACAACGCCAUCCUGCCUAAUGAGCCCAAAUAAUGAGAAUGUAAAUAAAAAA